AUGGGUAAAUACAGAAAGAGAUUCAAUGAAAAGGCCCGUUCAGGAAUGCUUCUGAAGCAGGCUACUCUUAAACGAGCUAGAAACAAGCAGUUUUUCAGACAGCCUGACGAAAUUCCUGAAGAUUCUCCGGAUCAAAAUGAAUCCAAAGAUGAGAUUGUAGAUACCAAUGCUGAGUAUCUAAAACCGGAAACUGACAAAGAGAAAGAAGAACGUAAAAGACAAAUGCAUGAGAUGUUAUUUGAGCAACACAAAGAAUCCAAAGUAUCAAGAAACAAGAGAAAGAGAAUGGAAAAGUAUAUUGAUCACCAGUUGAAAAGAGAAGAAAAGCAGAUCUUGCUUCAAAAGUUACAAGAAACAAAAUUCGACACGUCUUUGCUUCAAUCUUCUAAAAGACUUGGAUCCAGCAAGCUAACCCGUAAAGAGGAGAUAGUCGAAGCUCUAUCACUCGAGAAACAAGGUAGAGGUAAUGAUAGAACUAAUGACAUACUUUACGAAGAACGAGAGGUGAAACAAUGGGAUGAAAUUAAUGAUGGUGACGACAUAUCAGAGGACUCUGGAAAAGAUGAAAAAGAGGAUAUGGCUGCGGCUCGUGUGUCAGGUUUCAUAGAUCAUAGGCCGACUGCACUCGGAGGAACAGGUUCUGGAUUCUCUUUUCAAAAUAUCCCCAAAGUAGCCAAGCGAAAGAAUGAGGUAAUCAAAAAAUACAACUGGAGACAAAGACUUGAGGAAGAAGAAAGUAAGAAAAAGAGACAGGAGCUGGAAAAUGAUUUUCAUGAUUCUGAUGAGGAUGGAAAUGAAAAUGAGAACGAUUCUGAAGUCCCUGAUGAGGCAAGUGAAAGUUCUCAACCCGACGGUUCAGGUCUAGAUGACGAAGAUGACGAUUUCCGAGGAUUUUCUGACAAUAGUGACAACGAGAAUGGCUUUGACCAAGAUAAUGCCAUCGAGAAUUUAGAGGAUACCUCCGAUUCAGAUUCUUCCACUUCAGAGGAUUCCCAACACUCAUCUUUUGAAGAAGAUUCGGAUCAAACAGAAAUCCCGACUUCUUCAAGGGGAAAAUCUUUCAAAGACUGGGCAGAAAGCCAGCUUAAAGAAAUUAAUGGUGAAGCAAACAUUAUCCAGACUGAACUUCCUCACAGAGAUUACACUCCAUUGGAUAGACCAGAAGACAAAGAAGACGAUUUAGAAGAUUCGUAUAUUCCUAUCGAUGGAAAUAACAAAAGGAAAGUGUUCUAUGUAACCGUCAACAGAUCUGAAACCAUUCAGAACAUUAGAUCAAAGUUACCAGUUUUCGGUGAAGAAUAUAGAAUCAUGGAAGCAAUCCACAAUAAUGAUUGUGUCGUCAUCUGUGGUGAGACAGGUUCCGGUAAAACCACACAAGUGCCACAAUUUCUCUAUGAAUCAGGUUAUGGACAUCCUGACUCUGAAACGCCUGGUAUGAUUGGUAUUACCCAACCAAGAAGAGUUGCGGCGGUAUCCAUGGCAGAAAGAGUCGGUACAGAAUUAGGAGAUCAUGGAUCUAAAGUUGGUUAUCAAAUCCGAUUUGAUGCUACGAUUAAAGAGGACACCGCUGUGAAGUUUAUGACUGACGGUGUGUUGUUAAGAGAGAUGAUGAACGAUUUCCUUUUGUUGAAGUAUUCUGCUAUCAUUAUUGAUGAGGCUCAUGAAAGAAAUAUCAAUACCGAUAUCUUGAUUGGUAUGCUUAGUCGUAUUUUGAAGCUUAGAGCAAAGUAUCAUGAGCAGGACCCUUCUAAAUUCAAGAAAUUGAAGUUGAUCAUUAUGUCUGCUACAUUACGAGUUUCAGACUUCAGUGAAAACAGGGUUCUUUUUGAAGUUCCUCCUCCAAUUCUUAAAGUCGAUGCUAGACAAUUUCCGGUUUCCAUUCAUUUCAACCGUCGUACUGCUUUCAAUUACGUUGAAGAAGCGGUGAGAAAAAGUAUAAAGAUCCACAAGAAUCUACCCAAAGGAGGAAUUCUUAUUUUCUUAACCGGACAAAACGAGAUUAACCAGGUUGUUAAAAAGUUAAGAAAUCAAUUUCCUACAGGAAAUAGCCAAGAAAGCGUUCCUCAAGUGGCUGUCCACCCUGAAAAUGCAGUCGUGGAACCGGAAGAAGUUGAUUUAGACGUGAAUAUCGCUGAAAUGGAGGAUGAUUACGAUUCAGAAGGAGACAGAGAAGAGGGUGAAGAGGAAGGAUUCACUGAAGAACUGGAAGAAGACCAAACCUCUAACGACCCCCUUUACGUGUUGCCAUUAUACUCACUUUUGCCUACAAGGGAACAAAUGAAGGUCUUCAAAGCACCACCUAACGGUGCUAGAUUGUGUGUGGUUGCUACUAACGUAGCAGAAACAUCCUUAACCAUCCCUGGUAUCAGAUAUGUGGUGGACUGUGGACGCUCCAAAGAGAGACGAUUCAACGAAGACACUGGAGUUCAAAGUUUUGAAGUUGAUUGGAUUUCCAAAGCCAGUGCUGACCAGAGAAGCGGUAGAGCUGGAAGAACUGGGCCAGGUCACUGCUAUAGACUGUACUCAUCAGCUGUGUACGAAAAUGAUUUCCCCCAGUUUUCUAUUCCUGAAAUAUUGAGAAUGCCAAUUGAGAGCGUUGUGCUGAGUAUGAAAAGUAUUGGUAUUGAUAAUAUCGUAAACUUUCCAUUUCCCACACCUCCUGAUAGAAACGCACUAUCCAGCGCUGAAAAACUGCUCUGGUAUUUGGGUGCUUUGACUAGAGAUAAGAAGAUCACCUCACUAGGAAAGACUAUUAAUUUUUUCCCACUUAGCCCAAGAUACUCUAAGGUGCUGAUAACAGGGAACCAACACGGAUGUUUACCAUACCUGAUUGCAAUUAUGUCCGCAUUGUCCGUCGGAGAUCCAUUCUUAUAUGAACACGAGCUUGGAAUUGAUAGCAGAAUUCAGCAGAAGGAUGAAGACGACGAUAGUAGUGACAGUGAUGAAGAUACAAAAAAAGAACGACCAGUUAGAGAAUCUGUGGAAGAUAUUGAAGCACGACGAAACUUGAGAAGGAAGUUUAACGAGUCUAGGAACCAAUUUUCUCAGUUAGAUAAAAACAGUGAUGCCUUUAGAUUGUUAUCAGUUGUUUGCGCAGCUGGUCAUGUACCAAGGGAUAAACUGGGACAGUUCUACCAGGAAAACUUUGUGAGGCCUAAAAUAAUGGAAGAAAUCGAAAAGUUGCGGAAGCAGAUCACACAUAUCGUAAAGGUUAACACUAGCAAGGACAGAAUUGGCAUAGUUGAAGAGGUAGAUCUCAAAUUGGGAGUUCCUACAAAGGUGCAAAUUGCAGCGAUGAAACAGAUGAUUGCAUCCGGUUUCAUUGAUCAGAUUGCCAUCAGAGGAGAUCUUGCAUCCCAGGAUUGUUCAGUAACCAAUAAAACUGCCAUUAUGAACAUUCCAUAUGCAACUCUAUUCCCCUCCAAGACAUAUGAUCAGGAGGAUAUUGACCAAUUUGUCUACAUUCACCCAUCAUCGAUCAUUUGCUCAUCGGCCUCAGUUCCUCCAGAUUACCUGGUUUAUUUCUCUUUAAACUUGGGUUCCAACCGAAGGGCUGUCAAUAAACUUCGCAUGAAACCUCUUGUCAACAUUGCUGGCAAGCCAUUAUCCAAUGUGGCCAAAAGUUCUGGUCUCAUCACGUUCUCAAAGCCUUUGGAAUACCCUUACGCACCGAAAUACAUUACCUCACAAAAGCGAGAAUGCUAUGUUAUCCCCAGAUUUGGAGCUUCUAUUGGCUCUGGCGGGAUUGGAUGGGAUUUACCAGCUAUGAAGGUCAUUCAAGAAAAGGAGAACGGUACCUGGGUAGUUAAAUAG